AGGUGUCAAAAAUGGGUUCCUGCACAGCUCAGGGGUGUCUAAAAAACAGCAUGAUGGCGAAGCAGAAAGAGCUCCUGAUGUAUGGGAUUCCGACCUGGCUCCUGGCCACGAUCCAAGUAGGCCUGGCCUUCAUCACCCUCAUAUUCGCAGGUCACCUAGGUCCCGCCAUGCUGGCGGGGGUAGGGUUAGGAAACACCAUGUACAACGUGCUGCUGUGGAGUGUACUCUGGGGGUUCACAUCAGCGCUGGACACGUUUGGGCCCCAAGUUUACGCCAGCUCGGAUAAGAAGUACCACCUGGGAACUGUAACGCUGAAGAUAGGACUGCAGGGGUUCGUUGUGUACAUCUUCAUCCUGGGCUUUACUUGAACAGCACCCACCUGGUCAUGUUGCUGCCCUCAGAGACGGAUACCGUGGCGGACCUCCAUCAGCGGGACUUCUCACCUAACAUCAGCAACAUCGUGGUCCACAAGAUAGCCUCGUACGCCAACGUCACCAUCCCGUACGUUCACGUACCUGGAGCAAACUCCCGGAACAGUGACCACCUCUUCAUGAACAAUCUAGAAAUCACCGUCGCGUACAUGAGGAUGGUAUUCCUGGUUCCCCUUCUCGACUUCAUCGUCUCGCUGAUAUCCAAGUUCCUGACAGUUCAGAGGUAUAUCAUGGAGGUGUAUGUGAUCUCCCUGGCGAUGAUUGUGCUUCAUGUUAUGUGGAACCUGGUGUUGGUUAAAUAUCUGCACUUCGGGCUGGUCGGCCUCGCUCUUGCUGCUCUUCUUACACGGGUGAUAACCCUGAUCUUACUGCUCAUCUACUGCUGGUUUAAGAGGAAGGAGCUCGCUUGGUGUGGAUACUCUUCAGCGGUCUGCAAGAACUGGGAAGAAUCAUUGAAACUCGGCUUGUCAGGAGCAGCGAAUUUGUUCGUGGAGAUGGGAAUGUUCGAGAUUGCUACAUUCCUGAGUCAGUUCGAUGGUCAAGCGGUAUUAGCAACAGUCGUUGUGCUUUUCCAAUUUGUGCAAUGUUUCUACACCAUCCCAGUUGGAAUAUCUACUGCAACUACAAUCCUUAUAGGAAACGCUCUGGCGGAGAGGAAAAAAUCAGAAAUUCGCAGCUACAUGAAGCUUUCCAUCUUCAACACCCUCUUCUUCGCCAUCAUAGCCUCCCUCUUCUUCUACUUCCUCCGGCAUCCGCUGGCAGAACUAUUCACCUCCAGCCCGGACGUUAUCGACAAGUUCACCUCCUGCAUCUGGGUAUUCCUCGUACUAAUGCCCUUCGACAACCUGCAGACCGUCCUCGCACGUGGAAUACUCAUCUCCUUCGGCAGACAGAGGUUCAUUGCCAUCUCUCUGGCAUUGAUCUGCUACUGCAUAGCCACCCCCCUGAUAGCAGUUUUUGUGUUUUACACAAACCUCGGACCCACUGGGAUCCUUCUCUCUUUCGUGGUCUUUGCUGUGCUGAACACUAUUUCUGGGGCAGUCAAGAUAUCCACUCUCUCCCUGGAAGAGGAGAUAGAGAGAGCAGACUGGAGGGCCACGGAGACAGCAGGCACUGGAAGUACAGAUGAUCUGAUCUCCUGCAACUCCUACACCAUGAACGAGAACACACCACUCACCGGCAACAAGACUCCAUAUGAAAUGAGCGAGAAAAACGUUUUGUUGUUAGUUGCGGUGGAAUUGGUGUUUUUAGCGCUUAUGACUUACUUUUCGUCACUGUGAUUGUUGAGGGCAGGACAUUUUAACUUAAUUUCGUAAUACUAUUACUAAUUUUAUGUGAAAUACGAACCGUUUUAAAAUGGCUUCAUAUUAUUAUUAAUGCUAUCCGCCCCCGCUCCCCCCCCCCCAUCCGGAUUAUUUAGUUUUAAACAGAAUCAGGAAAACUAAACAGGACAACUAAAUUGUAAACAGACUUGUCAAAUGUUUAAUUUCAAACGUAUUUAUGAGAUUUUCUUCAACCAUUUUCUUGACUCAUUUAUACAUUAUAUGAGUGACAACGUCAAUUUCUCGAGGUAUGUUGCUUUUUUUGAAUUUUAAAAAUUUGAAGAUGGACUUUGGGCUCCAUUUUCGGGUCACUGAUUUCAACGCUGGUGUCUUGCUGUAUAUGAUUAUGAUUACGAAAACCCAUAUCAUUAAUAUAAUGUUUUAUAAUGUUUCAGGCAAUCUGUAAUUAAUCGCUUUUAGUUUUGUUUUAUGACA